CCAUUUUGGCGCAUAAUCCCGGCGUCUUCAUCGCGAUUUUUGCGCAUUUUGGCAAUCAGUUCUAGAUCGCAAACAUGUCCAAGAAGUUGAAUACAAGUGUGGGAGGAACACCCACAAAUACGUUGUUUAAUUAUUUCAGCAAGUCACCGGCUGUCGACAAGAAGAAGUUGACACCGAGCUCAAAAAUAGAGGGAGAUACCACAGAAAAGGAGAAUCUCAAGAACCAGCAGUCAAAAGAAGAGCAACCAAAGGAUUCCAAAGCAAAGGAUAGCAAACCAGCAGCCAAAAGAAAACUACCCAUUUCCGGAGGCUCCGAUGAUGAAGCUGUCAAUGGCCAGCGCAAGCGGAAACGCAUCGUUCAGCCGGAAACCGACAGCGAACCGGAAAUGGAUGAGACCAAAUCAGAGGACGACUUCUCCGCUGGUGAAUCCGACUACGAACCGGAUGCCAAAGAAGCAAGCGACGAUAGCGUCAGCAGCGGGGAAGAAGAGCUGUCGCCCAGCGAGAAUGACACGGCCGUGGACAGUCCUACGCCCAAGAAAUCGCGUAAAAAGUCCAAAAUCCUAAACAACAACAACAACGAACCCUUGAGCAAAAAGGUCAAGUUGGAAACAUCUGUCCAGCUGGCCGAAGGUUCUACCUUCCAAGAGAAACUCAAGAAUCUACAAAGCAAUGCCAAGAAAGAUGCUUCAUACGAUGACAUAGUGACCACCACUUCUACUCUGGAUGAACCUGUGGUGUGGCCACACCAGAAACUCGAGUUUCUGCAGCCGGACAAGAUCAAGGACAAGGCGGGAAGGCGGCCGGAUCACCCGGACUACGAUAAGAGCACCCUCCAUGUGCCGGAAAAGUUCCUCAAUGGUCUAUCGCCAGGAGUUCGCCAGUGGUGGGUUCUCAAAUCGGACAACUAUGAUUGCGUUUUGUUCUUCAAAGUUGGCAAGUUCUAUGAACUGUAUCACAUGGAUGCGGAUGUGGGCGUCAAUGAGCUGGGCUUCACCUACAUGCGUGGUGAAUUUGCGCACUCCGGUUUCCCGGAGAUAUCCUUCGACAAAAUGUCCACCGUUCUCAUAGACAGAGGAUACAAAGUUGCUCGCGUGGAGCAAACUGAAACCCCAGACAUGAUGACCGAACGUUGCAAGCGAAUUAAGGCCACAAAAUUCGAUAAAGUGGUGGCCCGCGAGAUCUGUCAGAUUACAAAUCGUGGCACCCAGGUCUUUGGGUCACAAUGCAGGAUCGGCCCAAACCAUCAGCCAAACUAUAUGCUCGCAUUGGUGGAACAGGAUGAGGGCACUUGGAGUCGGUUCGGUGUGUGCUUCAUUGACACCACAAUUGGCGACUUCCAUUUGGGUGAGUUCGAGGACGACAAAAACUGUUCCCGGCUUCUAACACUGCUCUCGCAUCACAUGCCUGUGCUGCUCCUCAGCGAGAAAUCCGCUUUUAGCCAACGUUCGCAGCAAAUUGUCCGCACUGUGUUGGGUGGAAUCCUAAAAGAGCAAGUGCCAAGCAAUGGAUCGCAAGCCUGUAAUGCAGAAAAGACCCUGAAACUUUUGGCUGAGCGCUACUAUGCAGGAAAUGGAUCCGAUGACAACUGGCCUUUGGUUCUGCGCACCAUGCAGUCGGAUGUGGAUCAUUUGGGUCUCACACCCAACGAUAACUACAAGCUGGCUUUGAAAGCGCUUGGCGAGUGCAUCUUCUUCAUUCACAAAUGCAAGCUGGAGCCAAAAGUGAUGCCAAUGGCACGCUAUCAGCUAUAUGUGCCACCGGAUCAGCUGGCUGAUGCCAAGCCGGCCGUGGCCUCCACUUUGAGGCGUUCCCACAUGGUGCUGGAUGCAACUACUUUGUCAAACCUGCGAAUUAUUGGCGAGGAUCAUAGCCUGUACUCCACUUUGGAUCACUGCUGCACGAAGUUUGGAAAGCGACUGCUACACCACUGGCUUUGUGCUCCGAGUUGCGAUGUGGCGGUGAUCAAGGAGCGACAAGAUGCCAUUGGCGAACUGAUUCGAAUGAGCAGCGAGCUGCAGGAAAUGCGUGCCCUUCUUGCACCCAUGCCGGAUUUCGAGCGAAAUUUGGCUCAGAUUCACCUAUUCGGGAACAAGCAAAUUAAGCAGAUGGAUCACCCAGACUCCCGGGCCAUUCUCUUCGAGGAAAAACUAUACAACAAGCAGAAGCUUGUGGGCUUCAUGGCCGUUCUUAAGGGAUUUAAUGCUCUGACUAAAUUACCUUUGAUGUUUCAUCAAUGUGAGUCGGAUUUGCUAAAGAGAAUAACCCAACUACCUGAGUCUGGAGGAACGUUUCCCGAUCUUAGCAACGAGCUUAAAUACUUUGCCACUGCUUUCGAUCAUGAAGCAGCGGCCAAAACUGGAGUGAUUGCUCCCCAAGCCGGAAUGGAUGCCGAGUAUGAUUCGGCAAUGGAUUCAAUAAACGAGGUUGAGCAACGCCUGAAGACCUAUCUCGUGGAGCAGGAGCGCCACUUCGGUUGUCGCAUCACCUAUUUUGGCAGCGACAAGAAACGUUACCAGUUGGAUGUGCCCGAAACCCAUGCCAACAAGGCCAAUAAGUCCUACACCUUGGAGGGACAAACGAAGGGCAAGAAGCCCUCACGUCGCUACACCACCGCUGAAACUCGAGCUUUGCUCAAGGAUAUGCAGCAGGCCGAGGAUACAAGGAACAUGGUGCUCAAGGACUUGGCGCGUCGCCUUUUCGAGAAGUUCUCCAACCACUACGACCAAUGGAAGCAAUGCAUCGACUGCGUGGCCAACUUGGAUGUCCUGGGCUCCCUGGCGGAGUACGCCGGCCAACAGAUGGUCAUCUGUGUGCCAGAGCUGGUCUCUGGUGUGGAGCAGCCUUUUAUCCAGCUGGAGGAGGGCUAUCAUCCUUGUGUAAAUGCUUCUACUUACAUACCCAAUGGCCUGGAAUUGGGCACGGAAUCGGAGGCGCCGCUUUCUCUGCUAACAGGUCCAAAUAUGGGCGGCAAGAGCACGCUGAUGAGGGAACUCGGUCUGCUGGUGAUCAUGGCACAAAUUGGUGCUCACAUUCCCGCUGCCAGCUGUCGUCUUUCGUUGGUGGAUAGAAUCUUCACGCGACUAGGUGCCCAAGAUGAUAUUCUUGCUGGACACAGUACCUUCCUCGUGGAGCUGAACGAAACCUCUCUCAUUCUCAAGCACGCCACACGCCAUUCGCUUGUGUUGCUCGACGAAUUGGGCAGAGGAACUGCCACCUACGAUGGCACAGCCAUCGCUGCCUCUGUGGUCAACUUCCUGGCCAAUCUCAAGUGUCGCACUCUCUUCUCCACCCAUUACCACAAUCUUAUUGAUUUCUUCCACAACGACAAGAGAAUUACGCUGGGACACAUGGCUUGCAUGGUGGAGAACGAAGACAAUGCCGAUCCCACACAAGAAACUGUCACGUUCCUUUACAAAUACACAGCUGGUGCCUGUCCCAAAUCGUAUGGUUUUAAUGCAGCCAAAUUAGCUGGAAUGCCGCAAGGAAUAAUUAAGCGGGCUUAUGAGCUUUCAAAGAAAGUUGAAGCCAUUGCACUGCAACGUAAAAUUACGGCAAAGAUCGUAGCUGCCACGGCAGGAAAGAAUGAUUCCAAAAAGGAGAAAUUAAACGCACUUAAAGAAUUACUUGUGCAGCUGAAAAUGUGCCAUGUUUAAGAUGCUCAGAUUUUUAAGUAUUAUAAAUGAAUGCAUGAAUGUUCUAUUAAUGAAUACAUGCGCCAUCCCCAGUUACUAUUACUUUUCACAUUUCAUUUGAAGUCCAGGAAUCAUUAGAAAUAACUUACUAUUAGUUGCCACUGUUUAAUUCUUGUUUAUUAUAAUUAUUAUUUUUUUGUAUCACAGUAAAAAUUAAAAUUGAAACAAGUUCACAAUCAAAAUACACACAC